GUCACUAUCUGUUAUAAUGACGACCGACCUGAAAAUGGUUUAGGGAAAAAGUGAAAAAGAGUUAUGGAGUCGUUAUUUUCAGGAUUAUUUUAGUUUCACUUUCCCUGGUCGAAAAGCAAUUAACUCUGUGUAUAUAAUCGAAGAGCAAAAAAAAAAUAGUUAAAACAUGGGAACUAUCGUCUUUAUCAUGAAAUAAAUAAAUAAAUGUAUUCAGAAUGCCUAAACAUUAUCAUGUGAUAUAUGGCAUUCUUAUUUCCAGUGCGAUUAUUAUUUCAUGGAUUAGAGAAGCUUAUUCAGGUCAUUCUGAAAAACGUCUGUUGAAAUAUCUGUUCGAUCAAAAGAGAUGGGAUGCACACAAUCCAAUGGAACGUCCUGUUUCCAUCGAUGGGAAACCAGUACAAGUCUUCCUCAAGUGUUUUCUAAAUCAAAUUAUGGAUAUGGAUGAAAAGAAUCAAAUUUUGUCAACUAUCAUGUGGCUUGAUAUAAAAUGGACAGAUUAUCAUUUCCAAUGGAAUUUAAGUGAUUAUGAAAAUAUAAGACAGAUAAAUUUACCUCAAGAAAGAAUGUGGAAACCUGAUAUUCUGUUAUACAAUAGUGCUAGUGAAAAAUUUGAUCAAAUGUUCCCCACUAAAGUGACAGUAAGAAAUAAUGGACAAAUUCAGUGGGUUCCACCGGGGCUUUUUCAUUCAAUAUGCGAUAUUGAAGUCAAUUGGUUUCCUUUUGAUUCUCAGAAUUGUAUUUUGAAAUUUGGUACUUGGACGUAUCAGGGGAAUAAAGUUGAUUUAAAGUUACAGUGUGAUAAUGAAACUGGAGAAGAUAAACCUUGUCAUUAUGCAAAUGAAGUUGAUUUAUCCACCUAUUUAGCUAAUAGUGAAUGGGCCUUAGAAAAGGGCUUAGUAAAACGAAAUAUUCAAACUUAUGGUAGUGAUGAUCAAACGUAUAUCGAUGUGACUAUAAAUGUUUAUAUGCAACGUCGUGCUCUUUACUAUGUGUUCAAUAUUAUAAUACCGUGUAUGAUAAUGUCAGUGAUGGCACUGCUUGUAUUCACUCUACCACCUGAAGCAAAUGAGAAAAUUGUACUAGGCGUGACUACUUUGCUUUCAUUGACUAUGCUUUUACAGCUUGUCGGUGAUAAACUACCUCAAACGUCAUCAGGCAAUCCUGUACUUGUUUUGUAUUUCACAUGUACAAUGAUCUUGUGUUCCCUUUCAUUGGUCUGUGCUGUGGUUCUGUUAAACUGUCAUCAUCAUACUGGUGGAAUUGUUUAUGUUCCUUGGUGGGUUGAAACACUGAUCAAUACUUGGUUAGCAAGUCUUCUGCGUAUAGACCAUAAUUCACCUGAAGAAAACCUAUACGCUCCAAAGGAGAAAUUACUGCCUAAGCAUCGGGUUAAUUCUAAUCUAACAGACUGUAAUGAAAACACUUCUUUAUACAAUAAAUCCUCAAUAGGUCGAAUAAAACCAAACAAAGCUAGUCGUGAAAGCAAAACUUUAACCAAUGAUAGUCGAGAUGAAAGUUUAAAUUCUCCGACAAAAAAUACACCAGUAUGGUCAAAUGUAAUCGAUGUGAAUUCAGAAUUUCGUCCUGCUGUACUAAUUCAUAGAACGGUAGCGCCUCAGUUGAAUUCUCCUCAACAUACUGGGGUAGUAGUUAAACAAAAUCAUUUCAUUGAACCCCUACAACAACAGCAAGUCAAGUUAAGAAAUUUAUCUACAAGACAAUUGAAUAGAUUCUUUUCUCAAGAAGAAGAAGACGAUGAGGAAGAAGCGGCAGCAGCAGCAGGUGGGAUGAGAAGUGGAGUAAGCAGUCGGCUGGAAUAUGCUUGCAAUAGGAGUGCGUCUAUGAAAUAUGGCUAUUCGAAUAAAGAAAACAUUCGAAUGUCCAUACCUGCUAAUACAACCAAUGCAAUCAAUGGCCAAUUGAUAAAAUCCACCAAGUAUUUGGAUAAAACACUGCCAAGAUCCCAUAUACCUUCAGCUUGCGCUUCAAUGACUUCUUCAGCUUCCGCUUCUGCUUCCCCAUCGUCUCCAUCUUCCUCUUCAUCUUUGACUGAGUCAAGAAUAAAUCCUUCACCAGAAAAGUUGAAACAAUGGUCAGAUACGCUGUUGUUUUCAUCUCCAAGUAAAACAGAUGAUCUAAGUUUCAGUAGUCCAUUAAAACAGGAUAGUUAUCAGACAAGAGAUAAUCAAAUCAUCGCUAGCAGUGAUACUGACGAUCUCUUGCUGUUAAAAUUAAAACAAAUCUCUAAAGAAUUACGUUUUAUUACAUCAGGUAUGCAUAUUAGAGAUCAAGAGGUGAAAACAUCAAAUCAAUGGCGUUUAGCCUGUCGGGUAUUGGAUCGUUUCUGUCUGCUAGUGUUCGCCGCCUUAAAUCUAUUCACUACACUAGGUAUUUUAACUUCUGCACCAACUGUGAUUAAAGCGUUCACAUUUAAAGGGGAACCAUCAAGACCGAUGUAAAUCGGAGGAGGAGGAGGGAUGCUGUCUGUUGUUCAAAGGUCUCAUGUUCAUGUUUCAUUGCUUCAUUAUUAUUAUUAUUAUAAUAUUGGUGUCCUGUUGAAAUUAAUUCAAUAAAACUUGCCUUUUGCUUAUAUGAUUUAUUAUUUACACAUUAUGAAUGAUAUUCUGUUAUGUGAGUAUGUAUUUCGCUAAAAUAAUAAUAAACAAAGUUUUAUUCUUCCUCUGAUUUCUUAUUUUUUUAAAAAUUAUUGUUAUGAAUAUUCCCUCGGGUUCCGAGUGGAAUAUAUAGGCCAUCAGAAGCACAAACCCGCUGUUGAUUGACCUUUUCUGUUUCUUGCAGUCUUUGUUACCUGACUCCACGAUUGCCGAUACGUUUUUAUCUGCUCCUCCUCCUCCUCCUCCUCAAACAACUGACUGACUGGUUUCACAAAGAGUGGAUAAUUCUACUCCACUGACGACAACAAGGAUUUUGAGCCAUAUCAACAGUUGUCUCCAGUCAAUGAUGCCAUUUUUUUUAAUUUUCCUGCACGUUCCCAGUGGAACAUAGGACUCCAAGCUAGAUGCUUGAAGUUUCUCUAGCAGUGGUGAUUAUUUUUACAGGAUGGGGUUGCUAGCCUCAUGCCAAACCUUUCCUCUUCACCAGUCUCACUACUGGCUUAGCGAGGUAAAGGAGUACGCCGGCCGGUGAUCGAACCCCGGACCAUGUGCAUGGUCGGCGUGCGUCCUAACCGCUAUGCCACCGAC